UAGUACAUGCUCGAAAUCUAUAUAUCGUAGGGUAGGUUUUCGGUUCUCCCAAGCACAUUUCCAUGUUGCUUCUUCAUCAGACUUUGGGUUCUUUCGGAAACCCCAUCAAUGUCCCGAGAAAUCCAAGUUCAGUGCAAACUGAGACAUUGAUUGAAAAGGAUCUGUAUCCGUAGUUCGGAACAUACGUAAUAGGUUAAUGUGAAUAUUUAUGUGUUUGUCUGGUGAAAAGACAUGUUCCUAUCGCCUAGCGUGCUCCUAGAAAGACAAGGGUUUCUUCGAGCCGCGCAAAUUUCGUUACCAUUUCUCGGCCUUCAAUUGCUUGGUUAGAAGUGAAACGGUUUUUUUACGAUUUCACUUUCCGAUUAGUGCGUAUCUUUAGAUAAUUGGGUGUUUAGUAUCCUUGCUAGCAAGUGAAUGGAAAUCCGUUGUGUGAAUUUCUUUAGUGUUUAGUGGAAACUGGUGCGGUGGAUAUUUUCAGUUGAAGCGGAUAAUUCGCGAUGGUUUCAAGUUUCAAAGUGUAACUUGGAAAAGUUGAAUUUUGCGCUUAGUAUCUUUACAAGUCGAAUAUCCUCAGUACGAGUAGUUGAAAUGUGUUUAAGAGGUUCAAAAGUUAUUCCAGAAAAGGUUGUGCUAGUGCCGUGAACAGGAAAACUCCAUUCUGCAGAUACGCGAUUAAAAAUGCUGUAACUAACGAGGAUUUCGUAGAUAUUCUAAGCGAAGAUGUUAGAAGUAUACUUGAAAGCUGAGAAUGUUCUGUAUCCUGGAGAGAAAAAUACCCAGUACCACUCGCCCUCUUGGAAUUUUUUUCGGAAGGAUAACUGAAUAUGACGUGCUCAUUUGCAUAGUAUCUAAAGUGGAUGUUAAACCACAUGUUAUACACGAAUUUAUAUCCGCUUAAGAUCCCAAAAGAUUAAAAGCAAGAAAUCGAUGUAAUCCCAUCCAAAACAGCUGAGAAGUGGAGUUGCAGAUAUUAAAAUACUCGCUUCGGAGUUCCCGUCGAAUUACAAAAGGAGCCAGGCGAAAAAAGAAAUAAUUUAUUUCUUUAAUAAUAAUAUUGGUAAACCGCCUCUUGGUCGUAAAUGUGGCGACAGCUUCGUUAUCCUGACGUCGUACAUUUUAUGUUAUUUCGCAUGAUGAUGAUGCUGUUUUUGCCGUUGUCCUUACAUACAUAUUUAAGCCGUGCGAAGGAUAUGGCAGUAGCAGGCCUCGAUUUAGUUGCGGUUACUUUACAUUAAAUAUACAGAGUAGAAGUGGAUCGAAUGUGUUGGCCCGUCCCCGCGGAAGUGAGGGAGAUUCUCGGGUUUCCGGACGUUGUUUGCUUGCUUAACGCAGAUUUUCAUUAAACGGGAACAUCAACUUUGCCUACAUGGACUUCCAUCGGAUGGAAUCCCAACAGGAUCGCGUUCCGCUUCAUUUAAACGUCUUAUAUCUAUUUUGUGUUGAAUCAGAUGCUGCAAGUGUUUAGUAUCUUGAGCAGUGAAAUAUAUACGGAGCAAGUUUUGUGCAGUGCAGGUGUGGAAAUUUUGUGCGAUUCCGUAAUUGCCGGGGCGAACCUCGCAUCCUUGUUAUCGGCGCUCUUCUCAUCGCCCUUGUUAUUAUCCCCUUAAUCAUAAUCAUCACCAGAGACAGGAAUAGCAGCAGAUGUGCUCGAGUCCUUUUUGCCGCCAUCAGUUGUUUUGUGGCAUCCAGAAUUAAUAUCUGAGCAUGCCUGCGUGUUAUCAAGUACCCAUUGGCAUCAGCAGAAUCAUCAGUUGCAAUCAUCAGAGUUCCGGACUUUUUUUCACCCUCCAGAUCUUUUCUCAGGAAAUGCAGUAAACUAGGAAAUUUUGAAAUCGAUCAGUACUAAAGGAUAUCGCUAUAUUAAAAAGGACUCUUUGGCCGACUGUGUGCAACAAUUUGAAGCUGCUUCCAGCACUAAAAAUCACGACACAAUAGCACAUACCGCUGUCAGCACAAAGAAGUUGUUGCUGCAAACUCUUCUGCAGCGACGCCACGAAAACAUUCAAGGCUUACCAGGAAAUAAGGAGAUUUUUAGGAGCAGAAAUAAAUGCGAUUUCUUGAGGAGGUUCAGAAACAAAGGACGUGUUCGGAUGGCUCGUAUGGAGAAAGGCAGCAAUAAUCACCGUGGAAUUCAUUUGCAGCAAGAUGCCGGUCUUAUAGUAUUUGGAUAAAAUAAAUAAAAUUACAUUCAGUGACGGUGCCUGAAGGUUUUUGUACAUAGGAGGCUCAAAUGCGUCGUCAGGAUGAAGGUAGACAAAGCGGUGUGUACCAACGACACCCUGGACGAUCAUCUUACGAAAGCCAUCAAAUAUGAUGUCGUUUUUACGACACUCGUCGAGAAUAAGAUUCUCGCUAUUAAACGGGAAUGCGAGGAAAGGAAGCGAGCGAAGAAGGAGAAGCGGAAGUCCUUGGGGCGGAUGAUAUUUGGCAGGCGACUGUUCAGGGGUGGCUGCAGCAGCAAAAGGGCACAAGCUAAUGACGACGUAGAUGUGGAGAAGGGUGAGAGCAGUUUCGCACGCUCCGAUGAGAAGUCAAUUAGUGCACAAGGGUCCAAUGCUGGAAGUACAGGAGUUAGCUGUUCUAAAGCACAAUCAAUUCGUUCGGGUAAAGAGGAUUUCGAAAGCGAAGCUGAUGAGUCCUCCAUAAGUUUAAGAAUUCCAUUUCCUAUUGAUAAUCAAGCGGAAGACAGUAAUGGUAGUAACGAGAACGGUAGUUUGUCGGAAAGGGGAGGAGCGAGAGACCUCGUGGUUGAAGUGCUAACUCAUCGCGAUGGGCAUUCCUAUGAUGACAGCGAAAAAGACGAACUAAAAGACAACGAGAAGGGCUCCCUUGCUCUGCUUAGCGACCACAGCAGGCAUGAUGCCACGUCCAUGGCGAGCAGUGUUCGAGCGACGGAGAAAGAUAUAUCCAUUAUAGUUGAUGAUAGUUUUGCUUCACCUAAGGGCAGCAUCGAUAGUUUAUCGUGCGCCAGUUCCAGAGCGACCACUAGCGCCGUUUUCCCUACUACCCGUUCAUCCGAAAAAGACCUAUUACGUCUUCGAAUAUUAGAAGCGAAAUCAAUAAGUGCCCAAUGCAGCCCGGUUUUACCGCGGCAAAAGCCGCCUUCAAUACCCACGCAUUCCAUUUGCCGUGCCCCAACGUCUCAAGGAAAACUACAAAGUCAAGUGUCUUAUUCAGAUGAAGCGCAUAAUGGCGGCGGCGAUGGAGGAGCAAACCAUCAGUCUUCUUCGCAACGUAACGUGAAUACGUGUUUUUCCCGCCAGAACACAUCUGAAGAUAGUGCCAAUUUAACUAUAAGUACUUUUGUAAAUGAACAAGAUUCAAUAGUUUGCAGUCGAGAGGGCCGAACGGGAAGAGCAAGAGGGACUGGCGAGUGGGACGAGCGGAAGAGCAAAAGCACUAGCAUCCUAGUAGUUACGGAUAAGUCUAGUAGAAAAGCAAUUAACCAUUUAGAUAGCAAUAGUAUUGGUAGUUAUCAAUCGAAUAAUUUAAAUAUAAUGCGCGGACUAAUAUCCAGCUUCAAUCAAUUAACGACAUUAACGUCUACAACAACGUCAAAUUACUUUCCUGUGAUUACAACGACCGUUAGUAAUAGCCAAAUCGGCAAAUAUCCUGCGACAAUCUCCGCUGCGGCAGCACCCCUUGACGGAUCUCAUAAUGCUCAUAUUUCUGCCUUAGAUGACACUUCAGCGCCUAUGGAUGCUAUUAUCGUUCCGACCGUUACAGUUCCCUCGGACACGGCGAAAUUGCAGCGGAUGACCUCGACAUCGACAGGAUCGAGUGUCGUCCCAACUGGGUGUUGCACCACCAAAUCAUCAUCGAAGGAAAAAGACAAGCAGCGCUUCAAGAUGCCCGACUGGGAAACUGGCCAUAGCGGAAGUGAUGAUGAAUAUCGGAAGCGAAAAAGGAAAUAUAAACGAUAUCAUCGUUGCUCCGAUCCCGUUUUAGUAUAUCCUUCGCCUGGAGGACUACAACAUUGCAUACUUAGUAUGCCGCCUAAUCAGCCAAUACAAUUUCAUUAUAACGACGAUUUCGUAUACGAUAUGACACUUCAGGUGGAAGCUGACCAAAAUGGUGAUCUACAAGCAAUAGUUCCAAGUCAUCGAAGUAGACAUAGGCAUCAUCGUCGACAUAAAAAACGACAUCGACAUAAAAAACCAAAAAUUUUAGUGCACGAUUUGGAUACACAAAGUGUUAAGGUAAUAGAUCCCGAUGAUCUGCCUCAAAGGGCCCGAUGGACUAUUAUUGCUACGGCAUGUUUACUACUUAUUAUGUGCCUCAUGCUUGUUGGUAUCACUCUGCGGAUGGCGCCAAUCAUUGAUGAUAUGGUACGUCAGGAAAACGAAAGACUAAUGCAAGAAUCUAUGAAUCGAGUUCGUCUUAGUAAAAACCUCACGGAAGCAGCAUCCCUAGCGGCCAUCGAGGAGAUUCCAUAACGAAGUUUCAACAUUGGUGAUGAAACAUCUGGAAUUUCAUGCUUCUGCUACUGCAACAACAACCGCCACUAUCAUCAGCUUUACCGCCAUCAUCCACUACUUGACAACAUUCCUCGCGAAUAUAAUCCGGCGAUAGCAGCAAUCGGAAUUUUCAUAAUCGAUACAAUUUCAAUGCAUAUAUGACAACGUAAGAGCACCACAGGACAACCUAGAAGGACCAAAGGGAGCCAGGAGGCGACGUGGUAUCAGAGAGGUUACUGCGAUGAUGGUAUCGAUUGGAUUUCCACGUUUAUAUCUCGGUUUUUUGUAAUCGAUUUAAUAUCCAUCUCCACGUGUAUCGCAUAAUUUUGUAUUGUUUUGUAUGCUCUCAGAUAUGUAGAGCGAAAAACGCGUUGACAUGUGCUUUUUUGCCCGCAGCACUCAUUGCAAAAUUCUGUAUGCAAUAUUAUCUCGCUGAUCAUUUUUUAUACUUUUACAAACAUUAAUACCUACAUACGUAAGCUUAUGCGCAACGCGGUCCAUGGUAAAAAUUUCAAAACCGAUGUGGUACUGAUAGGUCCUGAAAUAGCUCGUAGAGUUUCAUUCUUACAUUUUUUGCUUGCUACCUUGCUCUGGUGUGGGAAAUCGAACGUUUAUAAUUAAUUGAAAUUCAUAAGGGUUGAGCGGAUUAACUUUCACGCAAAUUCCGUUUGUGAAUAUCAAUAAUGAAAUUAUUGUUUUAUUAAAAAACCUCGUGGAUAUUUGUCCAUGUAAUUCGAUGGUACUCAGCUCAAUAUUUCGUAUAAUUCUUCACUACUUUAAUCCCUUUCGCAAAAUUCCAACAUUGUUAAAUUCCUAUUAAAUGCUAUAUAAGCAGACCUAUGUACAAAAACGAGCAUAUAAUGUCAGGGCUUAUUAUAAAUUCAACAGCCACACAUCUUUUAAAGACGUACCCCAUUAACUUUCUGCAGACGUUGCUUCCAUUCCUCGAUGCCGACUGACGUGUUGCUAUCAAUUUUCUCUUAUUGUAUUGUAGGUUACUAGCCCGUAUUCUAGACCCUAUGCCUCGCUCAACUUCAGACUACAUAAGGUGAUACCAACCUUCUAUAAAGGCAGAAGACUUUUUGACAUCAAAGGUUUCCAUUGAGAAUUACCUCAUGAAUUAUUGUCUCUCAAUAAUAUGUCGUUGAACCUUUCAUUUUUCAACUUGGUUUUUUCUCGGCCACCGUUUUCUAGCACACUUUGUCAAACAGAUUUUUUUCACCUUGUUUUCAUUUUCACCCUCAAUUGUUGUAAAUCGCAAUGGAUCCAAUGUAUUACGUCCAGUUGAAAUAAUGAUCCAAGAGUUCUUCUGAAGUAGCCCGUCAACCGCUUGGUUACCUGGGAACUGGACUAUCUGUGAUUGCUAUCAGACUACUUCCUUCAGCACUGAUUAUUUUUCCAUCGCUUGCCGCACAGAGAAAAUCUGAUCUGUUGCUGAUUUGCCUGGAGUGAAGCCACUUUGGUAUGGGUCAAUGAUGUUUUGGGCGUAUGGGGGUAUCCAGCCCAGCAAGGUAGUGGAAAAUAUUUUAUAGAUGGUACUCAGCAACGUGAUACCUCUAUAAUUGCUGCACUCUGUGAUAUCUCCCUUUUUAUGUAUGAGACAGAUAAUGCCUCAUUGCCAAUCGUCAAGCA